AUGGAAAAAGCCAAAAAGUUCAUAUGUGGCUGUCUAAAUGCCGACAGGGCAGGCAUCAUCUACUUCGGAGUUGGCGAUAGCCAGGAGCAGAACUCAAAGUACAAGCACGGAGAAAUAUUGGGGCUUAUGGUUGAUGAUUACAAAGAUGACAUCAAUAAAGCCUUUCAGUCUCUUCUUGAUGAUCACAUCGGAAGUGAUGCCGGAAGUUUACAAAAAGGAGGAGAACAGAACUGUGUUAACUUGCAGUUUGUCCCCGUAACAAGCCAAGGUAAUCACGUCAAUCUAUACGUUGUAGAGAUAGAGAUAAAAAGAGAUUGGGGAUUCUGCGAAGACAAAGUUUAUUACUCCAAACGCUGGUCCGAGAAGCGUGGAGCUAAAGAUGGUGCUAGAAAAAAGGCCUUAAAUGAGCUAUUUUCAGUAAAGGAUGAUUAUGAGGACGCAGCGGUUCGUACCAAUGGGUCAACUAUUUGCGUAAAGAAACAUGAAGUGGACAGACAAGUGAAGAAACCUCUUGAAGUGAAGUACAAAGAGCGGAGAAAGCGGAUGGAAAUGUAUGGUUAGUAAGCAGGAUGGCAAGUUUUACAAAAGCCACCUUUAAAUUAAUUACUCCGUAAUUGUACUGCAGUUACCCCUGGGUUCAUUUGAUAGUUGUCAUGCUCUUUGGAAUGAGGUAAUAAAAGAGGGGUAAAAAUCAAUAUAAAUUUAGAAUAAUACGUUCUUGCAUUUAUGAAAGUUUUCAAUUCCUUUUCAGGUGAUGGAGAAUUGUCGGAAGGUAGGUUCAUCAUUUUGAAUAUUUCUUGGUUCUUACUCUGCCUGCUUCUUAGAUCCUCUAUCGAUCAUCUAUUCCUGAGAGAUGAUAAUUAGAUAAUUAUCGCCACACGGAAUAGUCGAUGACGCCCAAACGUGCAACACUUUGUACAUUUAGAUUUCCCCCGAGAAUUACUCUUUAUCAUUCAACUAUAGAUAUCAGCCUAGAUGAUGCCGAUGCCAAAAGACUCAGUACGAUCAUAAAUAAAAGAUUGCGAGGACUAGAUCACAAAGAAUAUGGCUUCAUUCUGGUUGCCAAUAAAUUACCCGCCAAGUACAGAAAUACAGCAACUCUGUCUUUCCUGCAAAACAUUCCUUGGUUAGCAGUUUUUGAUUUAUUUGAUCCAAACUCAAAGAAAGAUGGUCUGCACUACGCCUGCAACGAAACAAGUGCUGCCCCAAGAGCAAAGAUUCGAACUCUUGAUGAUUUCAAGGACCUUACAUUUGAUAAGGAUCUCUCAGUUCGACAGACGACCUGGAUUUUGAGCAAUGACGAAAUGCGAGAAGGAGAUUGGAUAAAAUGUUCCAAGGACUAUCUUUAUCGCGCCAUGUCUGCCUAUAAGCAAUGCUAUCCUCCUGGGUAUCUAGUGUGCGUGUUCCUCUGUCUCAGUGAAAGCUCUGUUCCUGAAAUGGCUGAUAUAAUGGAAAGCAGUUUCAGUAUUCUUGGACAGUUCGCAACUAGCUGUGUUACCAUCCUCAGCGAGACCAAACCAGUGGGAGAGGCAUUUAUCAAAGCCUCAAAGUUUCUCCUACAAAGAGAGCUCAGGGAAUGCUCCAUUAGUGACAUAUCCUGGAAUCUUUUAAGGGAGCUUGUUCGUGAAAUGGUGGGACCAUCCAAUUUCACAGAACGAGGACCAGUGACGGAGCUGCCAUUCUUUACUGGAAAGCUAAAGGGGGUUUCUAGCAAAAUUGUCAACUCCUGGAAUGAUCUAGAGGUGUAUAGUCCAAGUCCCACUUUGCCUAGGUCGGCAGUUGACAUUGAGAAAGAACGGAAUGCUUUUUACAGAGGUGCUCAGGCUACUCAAAUGAAUCUAUUACACAACCACGGUAUUCAAAGAACCCUAGAGAGGGAGAUAAUCGUCAAGGUAGAACGGGCGUUGAAGUGUUUAAUGAAAGAGAGCAACGAUGACAGCUGUACAGUUAAAACCGUCACUGUCCCUUAUAAACCUGGUUUUGGUGCGACUACCCUGUGUCGCAUGAUCCUUUGGAAGAAGCGGAACGAAUACCGUUGUGCUGUGGUAAAAGCCAUUACUUCAUCUACAGAUUAUCAAAUAGAGCAACUUCAAACCAUCCUAUACGGUGAAAACAAUUUAAGCCACGCACUUCCAGUCCUGGUACUCAUUGACAACUUCCUAGAAAAUGAUAUUCGUCAAGUGACAGAACGCGUGAUUAAAAGAGGAACAAAAUGUGUCGUUCUCACCACUUAUCCCAUUGCAAAGCUAGUAAAAGAUGCGAGUUUUGAAAUAUCACCACUCGGGAAGCUAGACGAGAUUGAGACAAGGCUGGUGAAGGAUAUCUUGCUCAACAUAAAAACUGAUGCUGGAAAGAGAAAGGAGGCGGAACAGGUCCUAGAGAGGGAAAAGCAAUUUAUCUUGUUCGGGCUGAAGCUUUUUGGAAGGGAUUAUCGUAAGAUCGAGGAACGCCCACAGAUUUACAUUGAAAGUAUCCUUCAUUCCUUUCUUGAGGAUGCUAAGGAGAUACACAAAUCAUUGUUGGAAGCCUGCUGUUUUUUAAGCAAGUACAGUGCUGGGUGUAUCAUCCUGCCCCAUGCAGUACUUCUAGAGUUCAUUCAGUACACAAGUUCCUGGCAGAAGAAGAAACAUUGCUAUGGUUUUCAAGAAGUCCAUGACAUAUUUGGAGGACUUCUUCUUGAAGAACAAGACGAAAACAGUGGUUUAUACGGCUGGCGACCAGCUCACUACCUUGUUAGUGAAGUUAUCACUUCAAAUAUAAGCAAAGAGAACACAGCAGUCUACCUCCUGGAGCAGGUCUGCGCCUGUCAGUCGUAUGUGGUAAAGAUCUUGCGUCGACAACUCUUUAGGAUUAUUUUGGAUCGAAAGAGAAUAUCAGACCCAAAGUUUCUUGAAGAUCAAGGGAUGGACGACAGUACUGAUUUAGAAAAUGAUGUUUUUGGUUCCUACGAAGUACUUACCAGAUAUUCGCCCUUAAUCGUCGACAUUGUGGACGAAGGAAAUAUUUUAGGGGCUCUAAGGGUACUGAUCGCUACCUGUGAUAAAGCAAUGCAGCCAGAAGACAAAGCAUAUGCAUGGCAACAGUUGGCAAGGUUCAUGGGUUACGAAAUGUUUGAUAAGGAAGUGAGUAAACUCGAUGACCUCUGUGACCGCCUUAACAGUGCCAUGACAUCUACCAGAGGACAUGAGGAGCUCCUCAUACUAAAAACCGGUAUUGAGGCCGCACACAUUGCAAUUGAUAUUGCAAUAAGUCUUCAUCCCAACUACAGUCAUCACUAUGUAACCAAAGGUGAUCUUUACCGUUUGCAGCUAAGGAAGCAAGACGUGCGUGAUAACUGGCCCAGUUCCUUAUCAAAAUUGAUCGAAAUUUGUGGGAAAGCUUUCGUGGUUUACGACAAAGCAAUUAAUACCACACAUGGCUUUAAUCAUUAUCCCAUGAUUGGAAAAAUCCAGGCUAUACUUCAUUUACUUUACCUCUUAAAGAACUCGUCGUGCUUCAGUCCAGUGGAUGAGGAAACAGACGAGGUCCCCUGGGAAAUGGCAAGUGCGCUUCCUCAACUGUCCCAAGAGGAGCAAGACUACGUAAAGGGCCUCACUUCCACUACCAUUAACGUAUUUAACGAGCUUUUUGCAAAUGUGAAGCUUGGGCAAGCCACGACCUAUGAUGAAUAUGGGGUACGAAGUCUAACAAACGCGAAAAUCAGGGCUUCAAAACUCCGCGGAGCCUUCUACAAAAUAAUUGGUAAUGAAAAGCAGCAGCUUAAUGGUGGUCAAAGUCCGACCCAGCUUUUAGCCGCACCACAGAAACAACAAGCUCAUUAUCAGCAGCAGUUUGUCAAAGACAUUCUUUUUAUGCGAGACGAGACACCUUACAGUACCUGGUCAAAUCUAACAGGCGAAGAAGUGCGAUCAAUAUACAACUACCUCAAGCCUGUCUGCCUUGGUAGGAAUGGAAGCCACAACGACAUGCUUAUUCUCUCAAAAGCCUGUCUGAAACUUAAUGAGAGGCCACCGGUUACGGAGUUAGAGAAAAUCGUAAACAUAUGGGUGUCAAAGUAUCCAAAAUCGGAAUGGGCUCAUCUUUUCAAUUACAUGGUGCACUUCCCCGUACCUGACAAAAGCCUGGCUCCCCACAAUCCAAGCACUAAAGAAUCCAUAAAGAGUUGCGUUCGAAUCGUCACCGAGAAAACAGGAACCGGUUUUCGAAAGUCUGGUGCUGAGUAUUUCCUGGGUAAAGGUCGUGGACUGGAUGCUCUUGUGAGCAGUCAAGAGUUUCGAUUGCCUGCAACCAAAUGGAAAACUAAAACUGAAUUCUGGAGAAGCAAGGAAACCUCUACGAAAUUAGAACGCUUGCGGGGUCAAAAGGAGGCAUCACUGAAGGGUGUCAUCACGUAUCAGGGCAUUCAGAUUCAUUUUGACAACACCUUAUACCCUCACCAAAGCAAAGAUGAUUUAUGGUUCUACGUUGGCUUCUCUGUUGCUGGCCCGUACGCCUACGACCCAGUUGAUAACGAUAACUAUGCCUUCAUUUGUCAAGAAAGCAAUUUAAAGGAGAGCACUUCAGUCGCUAAAGAUUAUCCAUUACCAGGAGCUUCGAUUUCUAAUAACAAGGCUGGCACCACCCAUUCUCAUCUCGGUCGAGGUAAGCCAAAAUCAUCAGGCAACCUGAUCAGGCAAACUCCCUUCCAGACAGCAAUACCUCACCUUACAAGCUUUACUCAGACAAGCCAUUCAUCUUCGAAUACUUCUAUCAGGACAUUAUCAAAGCCAAGUCCUGGAAAGACAUACUGCGAUGUACUCAGUAGCACAGAUUUUCCAUUAAAAGCUGAGACAACGAAUGAAGUCGCAAGAGAUCAAUAUUGUGAAGUCGCCGCGGGCCGAGAUGUUCCAUCAAAACCUAUCUUCAGGAGCGUAAUCGGGACUCAACCGGGUAGUGAACGGAAAAGACAAUUUCAUCCUCAAAGAGUGGACACACAUGGCAAACUCCACCAUGGAGCUUUUGUUAUUGGGGCAAGGAAAUCAAAUGCAUGUUCUAAGCACGAUUCUAGACGUACACUAACAGAAGAUGAAGUAAGUCGUUGCUCAUUUGCCCAUGAAUGGCUUGGUGAUACACUACAGUCCGUGUGCACCAAGUGCACGGAUGAAAACAUGGACCGCUGUAAGAAUAAGGAAGAGCACAAGCCCUUUAUUUGGGUACUGGGUCCGUACCUGAAUUCUGCUGGUACCAAAUGGAAAGCCUCAAAAGACUCACAGCGAAGAAGCUGGCAAAAGGAAAAUUAA